AUGAAUAUUUACGCACAUGUGAAAACAAGCAUAAUGGCCUGGAAAAACGACACACCUCUUCCAACCGACGUACCAGCAGACCCAAAAUUCCAGUCCUGGUACCAGUUCGACCCUACCUCCCAGCAGUGGGAUCCAGUGAGCGCGAAUGAAAAUGCAGAGCCAGCACGCACCGACGAUUCAUCAUCCGAUCUAGUCCUUCUGACAUGGAAUAUCGAUGCAUUAUCUAAGCGAACACAAGAACGCGUCACUGAAAUUCUCACCUUCAUCACUCAACUGGACUCCAACGUUGAUAUCAUAUUUCUCCAAGAAGUGUCACAGCGAGCUUUGCGACUAAUUUUGAGCCACGAGCGUAUCCGUACAUCAUGGUUCUCAAGCGAGCACGAGAACUCGCCAUAUAGACACCCAUUCACGACAAUGACCCUGGUGUCCAAAACACGCUUUGGAUCGCGGCAUUCCUCUGGAACGAGCAGGUUUACUCUGGGUCCUGUCUGGAGGGUAGCCUUCCCCAGUCAUUUUCAGAGAGAUGUACUAUUUUGUGACCUCUUCGUUCCUUCGUCUACGGAUGCUGCUUCUGCGACACGAGUGCGGCUAGCAAACGUCCAUCUGGAUUCCCUUCCCCUCAAACCCUCCUAUCGACCCCAGCAACUAUCCAUUGUCUCCUCUUUUCUGCGGAGUGCGGGUCGUGGGUUGGUUGCUGGUGAUUUCAAUCCGGUUAUGGAUGAAGAUGCCGUCCUCGUGGAGACUAAUGGUCUCACGGAUGCCUGGAUGGCCCUUCGUCCCGAAGAACCAGGGUAUACAUGGGGAGCAGAUGGGAAGCAGCGGUUUCCGCCGAAUAGGAUGGAUAAAGUCGCGCUGCUUGGUCUCAAAGCGCGUGGGAUCGAAAUACUCGAGGCUCAGCGAGUGGAGGGGUUGAGGGGACAACAAGAUACUCCAACUGAUAUGAAUAUACCCGAGUCCCAGCAGACUGAGCCCACAAUUAUGCUCUGGAGUGAUCACCAUGCGUUGCUUUGCUCAUUCUCACUUGAGGAGUGA